GUUACGAUCCUCGCCAGUCGACUUUGCGUCGGGAUCGUGUUCGCACGUUUCUCGUGCCGUCCAACCCGACUUAUUUUGAUCGACUCGUUUCCGUCUAUACGGAGUCGAUCAAUUGAUCUAAUCGGGGUUGCUCGAAUUUUGUCAAUUGAGAAGGAUCGUUCGGUGACUUUUUUAUUUCGCUUUAUUUUUGACUUCUCAACCAACUGAGUGCGUGCACGUACAUUAUCGUUUUACCGUUUGCUCAGACAAGUAUAGCGUGUCGUACGGUUCAGGCAGGACUAUGAUCUGACAGGUACUAACACAAUCCUGCGGAUUUUCAUAUCGUUAAAAUAAUAUAGUGAUUCCUAGAAACACGUUUUGUGGUGAAAGAGUUAUAUGAGUUUCGGAAUAAUUUUUUUUUUUACUUUACUGAAACAACUGUUUGUUUGGAUAUUAAUGAUAUUUAGUAAAAUUUAUAGCACUUGUUGCAUUGAAAUAUUCAUUAUUGAUUGAAUAUAAGAAAGGUGUCUAAUAAAUAUUAUUCUUGAUUGGAUUCUUAGUAAUAUGCAUUUAUCAUUCUUGCUUCACAAUAGAGAUCAGUGAAUUAUUGCGAAAUUCAUAUACAUAUAUCCGACCUAACUGUACGACGAUCGUUAAACAGAGGUAAAAAGGCGAUAAGAGCGAAAGAGCAAGAAGACUAAUUGGCUAUCGAAGGAGUAAAAAAAGAAGUGACCAGAGGAUAGUCAUGCAAGAAUGGAAGGAGGACCGACGAUGAUGAGCGAAAACAAAUCCAGCUUGUUGAAGCAACACGGCAGUGCCGGGCGACUGGUAGUUAUGGCCAAACAAAAUAACAUCCGAAAGAUGAGUACUAUGCCCGAAGAAGAUGGUUCCGAAGAACCGGAAGAGGGGGAAAUGCCGAAGAAUCCUGUGCACUUUCAAUUGCAAGCCUAUCCGCAGCCGUACCAUGACGUCGAUUCGGAUUCUCCACCCGAGGAACGUGGUCGCCUGCUGAGUCAAGGAAGUAGAAAGAUCAUCAUUGCCCCAGCUAGCACGUCCAGUAUUGGCUCAAUGGUAAAUAAUGGAACGGUUAAAAGAUCCAGCAGCGGUAAUAGCAGUACCGACAGCGUGGUAGAAAAAGGUUCAGCCUUACCAAGAGUAGCCCAACCAAGGUUGGCAGCAUUAGAGUCUGAACCACGUCUUUACAAGGAACAUUCAGGACAUACUGGUCGUGUUAGUCGUGGUGUGGAACUCCACGGAGGUCGUCAUCGGUAUCCUAGUAUGCGAUCACUCAAGUCCAAUGCCACUGACGAACAUCAUCAUCAUCCUCCAGCCACCAGCUGGGCCAGUAUUGUAUUUUCGGAUGCCAACAGUCAAUCCGGAAGACCUUUCCCUGACUCCGUAUCUAUCCGCUCUCUUGCUUCCAUCGGGAUGGGAUCAUCGGAUGGAAGGAAACUGACUAUUCGCAGGGUACCAACCUCACCUUCGGAACUGCUCAAUAUGGUUCAUCCUCCCACACCCAUCGAGGAUGAUCUAUCUACGUGCACGAGUUACGAUGACUUGGAUGCUGACGAUCCUGGCGAUUACAGACAACCAAAAAGGCCGCACUGGGCGAACAAAGUACAAUUUGUUCUAGCCUGUAUCGGUUAUUCCGUAGGACUUGGGAAUGUCUGGCGAUUCCCGUAUCUCUGUUACAAGAGCGGCGGUGGUGUCUUUCUCGUACCUUACUUUCUAAUACUCAUAGUAUGCGGCGUGCCAUUGCUCUACAUGGAACUGGCAAUUGGCCAGUUUACACGACGCGGACCGAUCGGUGCUCUCGGGCAGAUCUGUCCCCUCUUCAAAGGGGCCGGUUUAUCAUCGGUCGUGAUAUCCUUCCUGAUGUCGACCUACCACAACGUGAUCAUAGCAUAUGCUGUCUACUACUUCUUCGCGGCCUUCAAAGCAUACCAGCCAUGGUCAGAUUGCGACAACUCCUGGAACAGUGCGGCAUGCUGGUUGCCAAGAUUUACAGGUCUUGAUAAUCGCAUCAGGCCUAAUACUUCCAGGACGCCGUCUGAAGAGUUUUUCGACAACAAAGUCCUGCAGAUCAGUGGUGGUAUCGAAGAACCUGGUGCACUGCGAUGGGAACUGGUUGCCUGCCUGGUAACCGCAUGGGUGAUGGUUUACUUCUCGAUCUGGAAGUCCAUUAAAUCCUCGGCACAAGUCAGGUACCUCACGGCCACACUUCCAUUCCUUCUUAUUGUCGUGUUUCUCACACGGUCCCUCACGCUCGAAGGUGCUGACAGAGGACUACGAUAUUUCUUCCGUCCACGAUGGGAACUCCUCGGCGAUGCUAAGGUCUGGGUAAAUGCGGCAGCACAAAUUUUCAACUCCGUUGGUAUUGCUUUUGGCUCGAUGAUUUGCUUCGCGAGUUACAAUAAAUUCCACAAUAACAUACUUGUGGAUACCGUGGCUGUCUCGCUGAUAAAUGCAUUUAGCAGUCUUUUAGUAGGCAUAUUCGCAUUUGCUACAAUUGGGAACAUAUCCCUGGAGCAAAAUAUGACAGUCGAGGCCGUACUCAGUGAUGGACCCGGACUGGUAUUCGUAGUAUAUCCACAAGCGUUGGCGAAGAUGCCGGCAUCGCAACUGUGGGCAGUUCUUUUCUUCUUCAUGUUGGUCUGUCUCUCGCUCAACAGUCAAUUCGCCAUAGUCGAGGUAGUAGUGACUUCGAUACAAGAUGGAUUUCCAAAUUGGGUAAAGAGACACCUUCUGUGUCAUGAAAUACUCGUUCUACUUAUAUGCGUGGUGUCUUUCUUCUUUGGUUUACCAAAUAUAACACAGGGAGGUAUAUACUUCUUUCAACUGAUCGACCACUACGCAGCGUCGAUAUCAAUUAUGUUCCUGGCCUUCUUCGAAGUGAUCGCCAUUUCCUGGUUCUACGGAGUACGAAGGUUGUGCAAUAAUGUUAAAGAAAUGACUGGUCGAGUACCGUCCAUUUAUUUUCGAUUUUGCUGGCUCAUCGCGUCGCCUCUUCUCAUAAUGGCCGUUUGGGUGUUCAGUUUAAUCGAUUACGAACCGCCAAGUUACCGUAACGGUUUAUAUAUUUAUCCAUGGUGGGCCGAAGCCAUCGGAUGGGGAAUUGCUUCGCUUUCUCUGGUAUGCAUUCCCGCCUUCGCCAUCUACGUACUCAUUAGAGCAGAAGGCAACACUUUCUCCCAGAAAUUGCGAAACUCAAUCAAGCCCCACUUUGAAGCAUGCACAUCGUGCGGGCAGGAAUAUUGCACGGAACCAAUGCAUAAUAUUGAUGAGGAAUUGCUGAAGGAACCACUGCAAGAGAUGAACAAUAUCGUACACAUGAAUUCAAAUUACUUGCCACCGAAGAAUCCAGUAUAAUAACAGAGAGGACAGGUCUUACUGGUAUUUAAAAAAAAUUUAGUCCGUAGGGUUGUUUAGAGAUCAGAGAGAAUUGCAAUUUGCAGUUGAGUAUGAUUCAUUGAAGAGUGAAAUGUGUUUUUAAGAAACCUGCUUCCAAUGCAUUUCAAAGUAAAAUUUUGUAUUUUACUUGUGAAUCAAUCAUAUGUAAUACUUUGCGCUUACGAUUAGAUAUCUGUCAGUGCAGUUAUAUCUACCACCAAGAGACAUUAUAGAAAAAAGCUUUAUUAGAACCAUUUUUUUUUAAAUGCAUAUCUUCAUUAUAUGAACAAUGUGUGAUUUUCUAAUUUUAUAAACUUAAUGUCUCGCAGUGUAUUGUAGAACCAGGCCUAUUCAUAUAAGUUAUUCUUAAUCGAUAGUUUAGUAUUAUUUAUAUCAUGCUCCGUGUCAUUAAUUAAUUCCUAGCAACCUGUCAAUCAUGGGAUUAAAAUUAUACUACCUAUUGCAUUUAGUCAGCACAAUAGGAAAUACAUACACAGAAUUAAAUUGAGAAACAAAAAUAGCUGUAUUAAUUUGCAAGUUUAUUAACUGCCGACCAUAAUUGCAUAUAAAAAUUAAUUAUUUACACAAGAUUAAAAAUUUAUAUUUGAGCUAUUACCAGUGUGUGCGAUUGUGUAAUUAAUUUUUUUUAAUAUCAAACAUUCCAACAUGUUAAAUGAGUAUGUAUGGGAAUACAAGUGUGCGUGAAUGAUGGCAUCAUUUUAAUAAUUCAACUGUUAAAUGUAUCGUUUGAUAGGUAACCAUACAUUCCAUUGUACCACGGUAUUUCAUUGUUAAUGCAAUUGUAAACAAAGAAUUAGUGGAUUAGAAUCGUCAUAGAGAAAGUCUAAUUUUUAAUGAUUUUUACAUUGAUUAUAUUUUACAGUUUUAAUGCAACAUAAUCAGAUAUUCGUAAUGCAGGUUUAUGCAAUUUAACUUCUACCAUUGCCAUUGGCAGUUAAUGGUUAUAAUAAUAUUAUGCCUUCAAUAUUAGCUGCCUGUUUCUUUUACAAAUGCAAUAAAACAUUGUUUUUAGCCAAUUAAGAAUUUUAUUUAUUGAUGAAAGAAAUAAUAGCUUGUUAAAAACUCUUCAGUAAUUUAAGUUCAAGAUUGUAAUUUAAUUUUUCAAAACCUAUUUAAAUAUUUACCAACAGAAAUUUACACAAUCAAUUGCGCAAUACGUGAUAUUUAUAUUAUAACAAUUUAUAGAACCACUGUAUUUUCGUUAUUACUUUUAAAAACAUUAAAAUGACAAUUUAAAUUUAAUUACAGAAUAUCGGUGAUGGUAUUGUUGUUGUACAGCCAAUCUGAUUCAAAAUAUCUGUGGAAUGCGCAAAAAUAUUAUUGCGUCAUUGUCGCCAUAAUGAGGCCAACAAAAGACAGAAUAGAAAAACAUGUUCCGCUAAUGCUAAGACUGUGGGAUAUCUAUAAAAGACAAAACGAGUGCAAUGAAUUUGCCAAAUUUUUUAAAUAAACAAACAUUUAUACGUCAAUAAAUGUUAAAUAAAAUGGAAAACAAUUGAAUUAUAUUUUUUAUAAAACUCAAAUGUAUACACGAUGUAAAUGAACCUAACGAACAUAUCUUGUCCAAUGUUGUUCAGUAUUCAUUAUGUAGAGCAUUAUACAAAAAUCUCGUGAAACAAAAUAUGCUAUUACUCAAUUCGUAAAAAUUGAUGCGCUUCAGUGAAAAUCUAUAAUAAAUAUAAAACACAGAUGUAUAGUUA